GCCAAAAUCUCCGGCCGUUACUGUGAACGAGAGCUGUUUUGACGUCAACCGUUCCUGGUCUUGAAAGCCGUCCGCAACGUACCACCAUGAGUUACAAUGGAGGUGGUUACAGGCGCAGAAAUAGAGAUUUUGACCAUGACCGACGGGAACCUGUGCACGAAUCUCCCGAGCAAAACCUGAGAACUUCCAUCAUUAGGUUAGGCGAAGUGGACCCUGAUCAAGAGCUCCCACGUCUAGUUGAGCAGAUUUGCGAGACCGUUCCUGUCAAUAUCUCUCAUGUUUCUGAGUCUAUUCGGAUAGCCGUGACUGAGCAGCCGUUCAAGAUCCCGCAUUACGCGACUUUGAUACGCCUGCUGCACGACAGGCCUGUGCCCGGCGAAGAAAGCAGCACUACAUCUCUAGGUCGGCAGGUCCUCGAAGACUUCUGGAAAGGAUUCCAAGCCUACUUGGACAAAUUAUUGUGGAGGGAUACUAGGCUCUGCGUCCAUUUUUUCGCUCACUUGGCGGCAGCCAAAGUUGUAUCACCCCAGUCAAUAUUCGACCUUCUCAAGUCAUUCACAACGGUUCUGGACGAGUUUGGUGUCUCCCACGGUCGUGCGAAGCAGGCUGCUCUCUGUGCGGCAGAGGGCCUUAUGAUAUCCGGUGCAGAAAUAAAAGCCAGCACAAGCGCAAAUGUAUCAGAGAUCACCAGUUCUAUCCAGUCGUAUAUAGAGUCAAUAAGCGAUAGCAAGGCUCUUGUCCAGCCUACAGUGAAGCUCUACUCCGCCAACGACCCAAUAGAAACGGCAGAUGAGAUGCUUGAGGCUGCGUUAGCGGCUCUGCAAAUACUGAACUCCUCAGAUUUCGCGCAAACCGCCGAUAUUGUGCUCCAGCCGUAUACCACAUUCCCCGUGUUUGAGGAAUCCUCGUUCGAAUUGCCAUCGGUCCUUGUACCACCGGAAGUUAUCGAGCUUGACACUUUGUCCACCGACACGGGCGAGGACGCUCAAACCAAGAAGGAAGAGUGGCCGGAGUAUUACAUGCGCCUGUUCGAUAAUGAUAUCUCGCCAGACCCCACAACUCCGGUUGGGUAUGCUAUUCGUGCUGGACUUCUCGAUUUGGUUGAUAUAUUCGAGAUCAAUCGCAAGGAGUGCGCUCGACUUCUACUUGAGUUCCCAAAGUGGGUCCCUCAUGGUACAUUCAAGCCCCGACCUGGAGCGCCACCCCAAGACCCGGUUGUAGGCAAAGAUUGGCAGCUGGAAUCAACAGUUAUUGAGACUAUUCUAGGGACUCUAUUUUUACUUCCGGAUCCACAACACAAGGCCGUCUACUACAUUGCUCUGAUUACAGAGCUGUGCAAGCUGUCACCGAGUACUGUUGGUCCAGCGGUUGGCAAGUCAAUUCGAAAAUUAUACGGAUUGCUCUCGGACGGUUUGGACGUUGCCCUUGCUUGCAGGUUUAUUGAUUGGUUCGCCGUUCACAUGAGCAACUUCGGCUUCCAAUGGGUUUGGAAGGAAUGGAUUUCCGAUUUGGACCUGUCGAUGCAGCACCCGAAGCGUGUCUUCAUGCGCAACGCCAUCGAAUACGAAAUCCGACUAUCAUACUACGAUCGAAUAAUCAAAAUACUGCCAGAGCCAAUGCAGAAUCCGGAUAACAGGCUGGUGCCUUCGGAGGCCCCCGGUCCCGACUACGAGUAUGACGAUCCAGCCCGCCCACAUUACGAUGCUGCUCAGUCAAUAUUGAACUUACUUCGUGGCCGAGCGAAGGCCGAGGACGUUAUGUCCCACCUCGAGUCCCUGAAGAACACGCUCGAGACCACCGAUAGCGAUACGAACGUCGACUCCGUCAUUCGCUCAAUUGCCGUGCAGUCGCUCCUGCAUAUUGGCUCACGGUCCUUCUCACAUUUCCUGAACGCAAUCGAGCGGUACCUGCCGCUGCUGCGGAAUCUCGCGUCGGGCAGCAUCUCGACGACUAGCACGUCGAGUCUUGAGGCGCGAAUGGACAUUCUCACUGCCGUCUCAGAUUUCUGGAGCAGCAGCAAACAUAUGAUCAUUAUCGUCUUCGACAAGCUUAUGCAGUACCAAAUCGUCGACCCCACCGACGUCGUCUCGUGGGCAUUCACUCAGGGCGUCGAACGCAUUGCCGCGUCGACACACUCCAGCAUCGGCGCGUUACAGUGGGAAGUCAUCAAAAGCGCCCUUGACAAAGCGAAUGGACGAGUUGUCAUUGCACGCAGGAAGGUCUCUGCUCUUCGCAAGGAGGCAGAUGAAAAGGCAGCAAUGGCCAUUGUUAGCAACGGCGCUUCCAUGGAAGUCGACGCUGAAGCCAAACCUGACGUGCCCGAGCCUGAGUCCCCGGCGCUGACAACCGCCUUGAAAGCGUUCGCGACGCUCACCCGCGAACAGAAGCUGGCUCUGUCCCGAACACUUGACGGCUUUGUCGACUGCCUCGCCUCUGCCACGAAUCCCAACCUGACCGCCAAGUCCGUUAUCUCAGCGAACGCGUGGCAUAACCGCGCGAACUGGAGCGAGGCCGAGUGGGUGACUUGGUGCACCUGGGGCUGGUAUCGCCACUUCUGUCGUCUGUACUCGCCUUACCUGCGCAACUAUGCAAUGACGCUCGGCACGGUGUCCUUUGCCAAGGUCGGUAACGCCGGUGACACCGCCGUGGACACAUUCCGUAAGACCUGGAACGUCGCCACCGGUCAAGACGUAUGAUUCUCUCAUAAUUACGCCUUUGUAAAGUGCAUAUUCGAGCUUCUAUAUACACCCCGGGCGUGGCUACACAUCAGUUU